UUUUUUCCCCGAAGAAAGAUUUUUUUCUAAAUGAGGACCAUCCGGUGACUGACCACGCGACGACGCCUUCCUUUUUCUUUUUUCCUCUUUCUUUUCCUCCUUGCGCUGGUUAGAGAUGGAGGAAUCAUCUACCUGGAAUCUCCCCACGCCUGCCCCUGGGAGCCUUGGUCCUUUUGCACUUCUCUUAAUAGGUUAAUGUUGGUGUUUUUAUUUUAUCCUCUCCCUCAAGCCUACUUAUUCUCUAUUCCGGGCUCAGGGAGGUUUUACUGAAAAUCCGGGGAAAAAAUAACUGUUGUCUUCAGUGUGCGAAGGCGAAGGAAAUUCGCUUUUCAAACGGAUGCUGAGGUCGCCUUUCCGUUUGGGUUCAGAACAAGAUGCCCUGGAAACACGCGAUUACCAAGGGGUGUUAUUGUGUGUGGGGGGCACCUCUAAGGCUCUUAUCCCCAGAAUCACAGGGAUGUGAGAUUUCUAUUCGUUGGGGAGGAGGCUGCAUUAGUGGCAAUUAGAACGUCUGGACGCUGUGGUUAGUAUUGCUCCGGUGGCUCUGGAAUUAGCAAAUUGCCAUUCAAUGUGCUCUUAAAAGUUGUAGGGUUUUUACUCCAGGGCUCAUGUUCAGUGUGGGAAAUCAAGUCGUUUAUCCCGGUUGGGCCGCGUGGGGUAAGGGGAGGAAUGGAUACGAGAGGGGAACAGACGGACUGACUGACACAGCCAAACUAAUAGCGCAGCUAAAUGCGAUCUGGAAGGCGAGGUCUCCCCGAAUUAGUGCAUGAAUUUCCUAUCGAUCCGCCCGCGGUUCCAUUCAUCUCUGACAAGUCCCUCCGUGCACCCGCCUGCUUGCUCCCGACGCCUCCUCUCUCACUCCCUACCCCUCCCCAUGCGGCUGCAGAGAAAAGCCUUGCGCUCAGAGCCUCGCCCCCAUGUGGGUUCCCUUCUCUGGGCGGAGCCCCCAGUCAGCCCCUCACUUAACUCCCCACACAGACGCCGGCGGGGCCAUGGGUUCCCUCCCGUUGUGAGGAGGUGAUGGGGGCCUAUGGAAGGCAGAGAAUGCUGGGCGGAGGUGAGGCAGGGCAGAAGGGACUACACCAGGAGCCCCAACUUCUGGGGGGAUCCCGGGAUUGCGCUCUGCCCAGCACCCCAACAGGCCCUCCGGUGGCAACCUGCUCGCUCGCUCGCUUGCUCGCUCUCUCCGUCUCCCAGAUUCCGGAGAGAGCCGGGCGGGCGAGGAGGCGGUCGCCCCGCAGGAGCCCUAUGUAAAUCCUGGUGUUGGGUGGGUGGGGAGGGGGAAGAGAAGAAGGGGAAAUAAACCUCUUUGGCUGGAGUAGGGUCUGGGUGAGCAGAUUUCCUUAUCCGGGAAUCGCAGGCGGGGCGGCCAUUGGUUCCGAGGAUCACGUGGGCCCCUAACUUUGUUCACUUGACAGUAAGUAGGAGGGCUUUCGGAAACAGGAAAACGAGUCAGGGGUCGGAAUAAAUUUUAGUAUAUUUUGUGGGCAAUUCUCAGAAAUUAAUGGCUAUGAGUUCUUUUUUGAUCAACUCAAACUAUGUCGACCCCAAGUUCCCUCCGUGCGAGGAAUAUUCACAGAGCGAUUACCUACCCAGCGACCACUCGCCGGGGUACUACGCCGGCGGCCAGAGGCGAGAGAGCAGCUUCCAGCCGGAGGCGGGCUUCGGGCGGCGCGCGGCGUGCACCGUGCAGCGCUACGCGGCCUGCCGGGACCCCGGGCCCCCGCCGCCUCCGCCACCACCCCCGCCGCCCCCGCCACCGCCCGGGCUGUCCCCUCGGGCUCCUGCGCCGCCGCCCUCCGGGGCCCUCCUCCCGGAGCCUGGCCAGCGCUGCGAGGCGGUCAGCAGCAGCCCCCCGCCGCCUCCCUGCGCCCAGAACCCCCUGCACCCCAGCCCGUCCCACUCCGCGUGCAAAGAGCCCGUCGUCUACCCCUGGAUGCGCAAAGUUCACGUGAGCACGGUCUGGCUCCUUGGCUGGAGAAUAAACCCCAAUUACGCCGGCGGGGAGCCCAAGCGCUCUCGGACCGCCUACACUCGCCAGCAGGUCUUGGAGCUGGAGAAAGAAUUUCACUACAACCGCUACCUGACGCGGCGCCGGAGGGUGGAGAUCGCCCACGCGCUCUGCCUCUCUGAGCGCCAGAUCAAGAUUUGGUUCCAGAACCGGCGCAUGAAAUGGAAAAAAGACCACAAGUUGCCCAACACCAAGAUCCGCUCGGGUGGCACCGCAGGCGCAGCCGGAGGGCCCCCUGGCCGGCCCAACGGAGGCCCCCCCGCGCUCUAGUGCCCCUCGCGCGGGAACCUCGAACCUCGGGGCGGGGGUGGGUUGCGAGCGCGAGGGGUUUGGGGGAGAGAGGCGGGAGGGGACCCUGGGGCCUGGGCCCGCAAAAGCCUACCUACCCCCCCUCCCAUUUUAUCUAUUUACAAGAAUAAACGCAGAGGAGGGGAAGGGAAAGCUUUAUUUAUAGAAAUGACAAUAGGGAGCCGGGCGAGACCCCCAAAAGCAAGGUUCAAGUCUCUUGCUUUCUUCCUUAAAAAAAAAAAAAGAAGAAGAAGGAGGAGGAAGAAGAAAGAAAAAGACAGAAAGAGAAAUAGGAGGAGGCUGCACUCCUCGUUUUCAGCUUUGGCGAAGAUGGAUCCACGUUUCAUCUUUAAUCACGCCAGGCCCAGGCCCAUCUGUCUUGUUUACUCUGCCGAGGAGAGGACGGGCCUCGGUGGCGACCAUUACCUCGACACCCGGCUAACAAAUGAGGCCCGGCUCGGCCGCCGCCGCCUCUGCUACUGCCGCUGCUGGAAGACAGCCUGGAUUUUCUUUCUUUGUCCCCCAUUCCUGACACCCAGCGAAACCACUCUGACUGCCAGAUAGCGCAGUGUUUUGGCCACGGUAACAAACGCACACACACAACCUCCUUCUCCUCCUCCGUGCCCCUUCUUGGGGACACUGACUGCUCACCGCCUUCCACCGCGGGGCUGGGGUGGGGGGCAGCAGGAAGGGGCCAAGUGGAGGUGAGGGCAGCCUUGGCAACGCAGGAGUGGGCAGGGAAAUUGAAUCCAAGAAAAAAAGAGGCCGGGAGACCCAGGAGGGCCUUCCUCUGGAAGGUCAAGCCGUUCCUGGCAGGGUGAGGGUCCAGUUCAGUUUGAAAGCUGGGCACAGCCUUCUCACGAACUUAGAGUUGUACAGCGGCCGGGGGGAGCCUUCUCUCCUAGAGUGAAAAUGAAUGUGAAGUUAGGAAAUAAAAGGUUGUGCCCCUCUUGGUCUGGGAAAUGAUGCUACAGAGACCUCUCCCAUAGUUAAUCAUUGUUGCAUUGAUUAUUAUUAUUAUUAUUAUUAAUUAUUAUUAUUUUAUGUCAUGUGCGUCCUUUCUCCUAUUCCCUUUCUGACAUUCCAAACCAGGCCCCUUUCCUAGUAGUGGGGCUGCCUGAGUCUAGAACCCUUUGUUGGCGUGAAAAUUUGUGUCCUGUACAGAGUGACUAUAGAAAUAAAUGUUUGGUUUCUUGUGA